UAAUGUUUUAUUAUUAUUAAUGACAUUUUCAAAAUAUCAUUCAUUUAGCAGAAUAUUUUACGUAUACUCGAUUAUGAGAAAUUUUUUUAAAAAGAAUUCUGAAACAUACGUGCCAAUCGAAAAAGCAAAUGUUGAUAACAUAACAAGUAGAAUUAUAGGCGAUUUCGGAAGAUGGCAGUUAAAGAUAAGCAUACUCAUGUCGUUAAUAAAGCUACCGAUGGCUUGGUAUCAGUUAAACAUAAUAUUUAUGGCACCACCGCAACAAUUUUGGUGUGCAAAGCCACCAGCUUUUGAGAAAUACACUGACGAAGAAUGGCGUAAAAUUAGCGUGCCAGUAAUAAUGGAGUAUCCAUGUCUUAUAUUUGAUCCGGAUAUUCUUUUAAUUGCACCAAAAAUGGACAGACAUAUAAUACCUUUGGUGGCAUGUCAAAAAUUUGUUUACGAUAAAACCUUUUUCAAACGAACUCUCACUUCAGACUUUGGUUUAGUAUGCACAAAACGAUGGUACAUUAACAUGAGCCAAUGUGUGAUGAUGACCGGAAUAGUAGUAGGGGGUUUAGUUUUCGGAAGCAUAGCUGAUAAAUAUGGUCGCAAGAAGCCUCUUAUGCUAGCUAUUGUAAUUCAAGCAACGGGCAGUUAUUUAGUAUCAUUCGCACCUUACUACUGGACAUUCCUUGUGGUAUGGUUUAUUUUAGCGUUCGGGUGUGGUGGAAUUGCAAUAAUUUCAUUUGUAAUUUGCAUGGAGGUAGUCAGUGGAAGGUGGCGUACAUACAUUCCUGUAGUAUACCAGCUACCUUUUGGACUGGGGAAUGUUGUAUUAGCUCUUCUUUCAUAUUGGUUAAGAGAUUGGAGAAAAAUAGAAUUCGCUUUAGCAACAGUAUCAUUAAUAUACCUGCUUUAUUGGUUUUGGCUACCGGAAUCGCCGAGGUGGUUACUGGCGGUUGGGAAAUAUGACGAAGCUGUGGAAGUAUUUAAGAAGAUUGUACUAGAAAACAAGAGAGACGUUGGUGACAUUCGCGCAAUCGUAGCUUUAUUACCUAAGAAAAAGAAAAAUGACAAGUUACAUUUACAAUUCUCUGAUUUAAUGAAAUCCAAGAAUAUGAGACGCAAAACAAUAAUUCUUUCAUUGAUAUGGUUCUUUACGGGGCUGUCGUACUUUACAUUUUCUCAAUAUCUUGGGUUGAUUGGAUCGAGUAUAUUUCUAUUAGUUUCAAUGAGUGGCAUUAUUUCGAUACCCGGCGGUUUAUUGUGCUUGUUUAUUUUAGCAAAACUUGGACGGAAAACUACUUUAAAUUUGUUUCAAAUUCUUGCAACCGUAUGCUUUUUUGCCAUAUAUAUUUUCCCGAAGGAGGAUGCGAAAAAAGCCGGUAUAAGAUUAUUUUUUGCUGGGUUAGGAUUCGCAGCGAUAGCGGGUACAGUACCAGCUUUAUAUUUGUAUACUGGUGAAUUAUUCCCUACAGUGGGACGAAACGUAGGUGUUGGUGGAGUAACAACAUUUGCACGUAUUGCGUCAAUGAUAGCACCGCUUCUUGUCCAUUUAGAUGUUUACAUACCAGGUCUGCCCUUAUUGUUAGUUAUAUUUAUUUCUGCAGGCCAAAUAUUUCUUGUAUUUCCACUUCCUGAAACUAGAAAUAAACCGAUACCUGAUUCCUUAGAGGAAGCUGAACAAUUUCGUUGAAGA